AUGACCAUAAAAGGAGGCACAAGCCAGGCCUGUGCAGCUUGUAAGUACCAGAGGAGGAGAUGCUCAAAGGACUGUGCUUUGGCUCCCUACUUCCCGGCCGAUCAACCCAAGAAGUUUCAGAACGCGCAUCGAUUGUAUGGUGUUAGCAACAUCUUGAGGGUACUAAAAAGAGUUCAUCCGAAUCAAAAGGAGGAGGCGAUGGGGUCGAUUAUCUACGAAUCUAAUAUGCGGGCCAGAUUUCCUGUUUAUGGCUGUUUAUGGGUUAUAGGUGAGCUGGAGAGACAAUUCAAUCAAGCAAUGGAAGAACUUCGCUACGUCACAACCCGGCUGGCCGUUUGUAAAGAUCAAUAUUGUUACCAAAUGCCUCCUCCUUCGCCUUCGUCGUUAGGGAUAGGUAUGAGUAAUGAAGUUGUCCCGGUUUACGGCCAAAAUCAUCAUCAUCAUCAUAAUCAUCCGGGAGUGGCUACAAUGGCUCCUCUAUCUCCUAAUGACUUUAUGGUGAAUGGAAACAAUGGUAUUGGUGGUAUGUUUGUUGAAUCGAAUGAUCAUGAUAUGAUGAACCCAGUAAGGACUACGCAGCAGCAGCAGCAACAACAACAACAACACGGUUUCUAUAACAAUGCGAUCCCAAUUCAAUCUCCAUUCAUGGUUCCACAAGGUUUUCCUCUGCAACAAGAGACGGAGGUUUCUCAUGAUUACGAUGAUAUACCAUUCGAUACGAUCGCGGAUGACAGACAAUCUUACAUUGAAUCUAAGGAAUCUUGUGAGUCGAGCGCGGAGUCGAGAUUGAAGGAUACUACACAAUCAAUACAACAUGUUACAGAAAAUGAGCUUAGGACUGCUGCUGCAUGCUUGACUCUCACAGGAGUCAAUUGA